GGCAGCAGCCGAGCCCGAGGAGCCGGGAGCGCGGAGCAACGUGCCCACCAGCUCGCCAGACCAGAGUCCUUUUGGUCGGAAGUGUCUGCGAGACCUCACAGAAGGGCACCCCUGGGCUCAGCUUACCUGCACGCCUGCUCCUUCAGGGAUGGAGGCGAUGGCGGCCAGCACUUCCCUGCCUGACCCUGGGGACUUUGACCGGAAUGUGCCUCGAAUCUGCGGGGUGUGUGGAGACCGAGCCACGGGCUUCCACUUCAACGCUAUGACCUGUGAAGGCUGCAAAGGCUUCUUCAGGCGCAGCAUGAAGCGAAAGGCAUUGUUCACCUGUCCUUUCAACGGGGACUGCCGCAUCACCAAGGACAACCGCCGCCACUGUCAGGCCUGUCGGCUCAAGCGCUGCGUGGACAUCGGCAUGAUGAAGGAGUUCAUCCUGACGGAUGAGGAGGUGCAGCGGAAACGAGAGAUGAUCAUGAAAAGGAAGGAGGAGGAAGCCUUGAAGGACAGUCUGCGGCCCCGGCUGUCGGAGGAGCAGCAGCACAUCAUCAGCAUCCUGCUGGACGCCCACCACAAGACCUACGACCCCAGCUACGCCGACUUCAGCCAGUUCCGGCCUCCGGUCCGAGAGGCUGAGGGUGGAGGCAGCCAUCCAGGCAAGCCGUUCUCAAGACACAUGCCCAGCUGCUCCGGGGACUCGUCCUCCUCCUGCUCCGAUCAUUACAGCACCUCCCCAGACAUGACGGGGGCGACCAACUUCUCCAACCUGGAUCUGAGCGAAGAGGACUCAGAUGAAUCUUCUGUGACCGUCGACCUGUCCCACCUCUCCAUGCUGCCCCACCUCGCUGACCUGGUCAGUUACAGCAUCCAAAAGGUUAUUGGCUUUGCCAAGAUGAUACCAGGGUUCAGAGACCUGACCUCUGAGGACCAGAUUGUGCUGCUGAAGUCAAGUGCCAUUGAGGUCAUCAUGUUGCGGUCCAACCAGUCCUUCACCAUGGACGACAUGUCUUGGACCUGUGGCGGUGAGGACUACAAAUACCGCAUCAGUGAUGUGGCAAAAGCCGGACACAGCCUGGAGCUGAUCGAGCCACUGGUCAAGUUCCAGGUGGGGCUAAAGAAGCUGAACUUGCAUGAGGAAGAGCAUGUCCUGCUCAUGGCCAUCUGCAUUGUCUCUCCAGACCGUCCUGGAGUGCAGGAUGCUCCGCUGGUUGAGGCCAUCCAGGACCGCCUGUCCAAUACACUGCAGACCUAUAUCCGCUGCCGCCACCCGCCCCCAGGCAGCCACAUGCUCUAUGCCAAGAUGAUCCAGAAGCUGGCUGACCUGCGAAGCCUCAACGAGGAGUACUCCAAGCAGUACCGCUACCUCUCCUUGCAGCCUGAGUGCAGCAUGAAGCUCACACCCCUCGUGCUGGAGGUGUUUGGCAAUGAGAUCUCCUGAUUACAGCAGCCUGUGGUGGUGCCUGGGUGGGGCUGCUCCUCUGGGAACCUGUGCCUGGGCCUAGGGCUGGCUGCUGCCCAGCAGCCCUUCCUACCCACUCCAGAGUAUAGCCCCUCCUUUCCCACCUCUUCUCCCUGUCCUGUCUGUCCUCUUUCCUGCCCAACCUAACACCAGGCCCCUGCUACCUAUAGGCCACAGGCUGACCCCUGCCCCUCAAGACCUCAAUUGUGAGGAGUUGCUGUUUAUUUGACAGAGACUGAAAUGGGGGCAGAGGGCAAAGGCCAAAGGUGGGGCCUUACCUGGGUAUGCCAGAAGUAGUUGCUGGCUGGUGCCCAGGGAUUAGGUAGGCAGGAAAAACACACCCAUUCCUCAGGGAGAGAUACCUGUACCUUCCCCCAGUUCAGGUCCAUAUGUCCAGACUCUGGUGGGGAUCUCCCUCCCCUUGUUCCACUCAUGAUCAAGAACUGGCCACCACCCCCACUUUACCCCCAGCUCAUCCUGCCCCCACUCUGUGCAUUCUGUUCGAGGGCAGCGUGCCUCGAUGGGGCCUUCCCCCUCUGUCUUCUUCUCCCUGGCCCAUCUAGGAAACUCACUGCCAAGGAUGACCAAAACCAGGGUGACUAAGCUCACAAGUCACCCCUUACCCACCUCUGCUGGCCAAAGUGCACUUGCCUAACCCCUCAGAGCCCACCUUCAUCCCAUCACCAUGGUAACAUUCUCCUUUAAAGCAACUAUGGUGAGGGGGUUUUCUCCCCAUGGCCCAGAACCCACCUGCUCAGACACCCAAGGAGGGAAGAAAGCAGGGCCCAGGUGGUGGGGGACAGGCAACCCCAGCCUCAUAGAAGAAUGGUGGAUGGUGGCCCCAGCUGUCCCUGUCACCAACCCCAUGGCUUUGCAGCCUGGAUCUAAGAGUGAAUUGAGGCAGGAGCUUUUCUUCCAGCAGUCCACAUGGCAGGACUGAGUUGCCCCUAGGUUGCAGAAAAGCAAUGGGUACCACCCUCAUACUCCCUUGCCAGUGCCUUACCUCCCACCCCAGGAAGAGAACCUGCCGCAGGCUCCAGAGCCCUCCCACUCUGGCCACAGAUGCUGUUGGGCCCUGCUCUAGGAUGGCCAAGGGUGACCCAGAGACUGGCCCAGUCUCCCAAUGACCUCAUAGUCUGGAGAAGCAGUGCCCACUCUGCUUACCAGUGGGCCAUGUCUUUUUCACCUGGUGGGAUGGGAUGGAGGCGAUGAACUUCCAGACUCCAACAGCCUAAGUCACACCCUCCCUGCCCACCUAGGUGUAGUUCUCAGAUAGCUGUUCCCCAGAAACCCAGGAGCUGGUGCUCCAAGACCUCAGGGUGUGGACCUCAGGGAGAGUGGGUUCGCCUCGGUGGCUAGUCAGAGUGCAUUUAGGGGUGGUGUCACGUGGGGCUGGUCCCCUUAUUCUCUCUCCACCACCCAAAGUCAGAUGGAGCCCUGGGGGCAGGCUGGGAGUUAGGGUAUAUAACCUCAAACUCCAUGUUCUUCAUAGCCAGACCACCCUAGGAGGCGGAAACUCUAGGUCUGUUUACUCCGGGGUGGAGUUUCUCGGGGAGUGAGUUGUAGGUAUGUGGGACCCACGCCGAGAGGGUUCUUCCAGGAGCCCCAGAGGGUCCUUCAGAUCGUUACUUGAGUUUUGGGAACAUGGCCAUAUUUGAUGUCUCGUCACGGAGGAGUUCGUGUCAGUAGGAUGCCCCUCCACCUGCCUCCUCUGUGUCCCCUGGGAACCCCGGGAGCCAUCCGUGCCCCUAGGUGGGAGAACGACCGACAGCCACGCUCCUGAAGACGGAGUACCACCCUUGUGGCUGAACCCUAUGCUCAUUAGACACGAGUUGUUUUUAGACUCAGACUCCAUUUUGUACUGCAUUCUAAUAUAGCGGGUAGUAUGCACCACUGAUUAAGAGAUAUUUAUGGGGGGAG